UUUGCUGUUUCACUGAUAAGGAAAAACAAAUCACAAAUUGAAAACUUUGUUUGUUGUUUUUUCUAAUAAAAUUAUAAUAAUAGAAUUAUUAUUAUUAUUUAAAAAUGAACAACAAUAAUCCGAAUAUAGUAUUCCAUCCCUUGAUAAGUUCCAUCCAGAAAGUAAUCCUCUAUGAAACAAAAACAAAACUUUAUCUAGUUGGAAGCAACAUUCGAGAAACAAGGUUCCGUCUGCUAACAAUUGACCGAACUAAACAAGAUGACAUUGAUAUUUUCGAAGACCCCAAUGAAAAAAAUGCAGCCGAGAUUCGUCGUUUCGUGAGUUCCUUGGGCAAUCCCAAGGUGGUAAGUGCCUAUGGGGUUCUUGGGUUUGUUCGAUUUCUCGAGGGGUAUUACUUGAUUUUGGUUACUAAAAGAAAGGGAUGUGCUUUCAUUGGAAUGCACUUAAUCUACACCAUCAAAGACACUGUGAUGGUCCGAGUGAAUGAGUCAUCGCAUCGUUUGGCACACCCAAAUGAACAACGCUACAUUAAGAUGUUCCAAAGCAUAGACCUGCGAAGUAAUUUCUACUUCAGCUACAGCUAUGAUCUAACCAGAACUCUUCAAUAUAAUAUGUCAGCUCCUCGUUAUGUUGGCCCAGGUGUCGAUAUCAAUAAAGAUGAUCCACUUCCCGAUUGGGAUACUCUCACCAACAAUGUCGAGGAAGAGAACGAAAGAGUGGACUAUGCUUUUAGAAGCAGCCCACGGAAUCGUUUUGUUUGGAAUGCUUUUCUUCUCACGAAAAUGCAACAUAUUACCAAAGAUUGGCUUCUGGAAGUGGUUCACGGGUUUGUCAGUCAAUCGUGCAUAAGUAUCUUCGGGAGACACGUUAAUGUGUGUCUUUUGGCUCGCCGCAGCACUCGAUUCGCUGGAACACGGUUCUUGAAGCGAGGUUCAAAUUUUAAGGGGGAUGUUGCCAAUGAAGUCGAGACUGAGCAGAUUGUCACCGAUGGUCAUCGAAUGUGUAGCUUCACACAGAUGCGUGGGUCAGUUCCUUCACAUUGGUCUCAGGAUAUCAGUAAAAUGGUCGCCAGACCUCCGAUUUCCCUAGACAUCUCUGAUCCCUUUGCCCAGACUCCGUCGCGUCAUUUUGAUCGUCUCCUAUUUCAUUAUGGAUCUCCUCUCAUUGUCCUGAAUCUGGUAAAGAAAGGCGAACGGCGCAAGCAUGAGAGUAUCCUUACCCAGGAGAUCAAAAAUAGCGUCAAGUAUCUUAAUCAGUUUUUGCCUCCGCACUUUCGCAUUCAAGACAUUCACUUCGACAUGGCUCGGAAGAGUCGAGGCGGUGGCAACGUCAUGGAGAUGUUGGCAGAUAUUUCUGAGAAAGUCGUCCAACAAACGGGAAUGUUCUUCAAAGACAGCAACGAAAAGAACUUUCAAACCGGGAUUGUUAGGGUAAAUUGUGUGGAUUGCUUGGAUCGGACAAAUACGGCGCAGUUUGCAAUCGGGAAGUGUGCGCUGGCGCACCAACUGGCCAAGUUGGGUUUCAUCAAACCACCACGCUUGGAAUUCGAUUCAGAUUGUGUGACCAUGUUGGAGAAUCUAUACGAGGAUCAUGGAGAUACUUUAGCCUUGCAGUAUGGAGGCUCUCAGCUCGUGCACAGAAUCAAAACGUAUCGAAAAACGGCAGUUUGGGCUUCACAGGGAAAUGAUAUCAUGCAGACGUUGAGUCGUUACUACAGCAACACCUUCAGUGAUACCGAGAAGCAGCACAGUAUUAAUUUGUUCCUUGGUUACUACGUUCCCAGUAGGACACAUUCUAAACAAAAUCAACCGAUUUGGGAGCUCCAGUCGGAUUAUUACAUGCACAACACUUACAAGCCCCAAAGUCCGCACAACGAGACAACCCUCUUGACCGACUGGAUUCGUCCCAAAGUCCGUUCUUGUCUCCCAUGGCCGUGUUCGGAUAAAAACAAAAUCGUCAAAGAGCUCUUUAGGGUCCACUCAAAAGACUUGGAAAUGAUCGACUCCUACUCAAAUUAUCACAUGUCCUUCAAAUUGACUGACUUUGGAGAGCACAUUGCAUAUGAAAUAAGUCAAAUGUCAAUUCGUUACUUGCCCACAUUUCGGAUAAAUUUUAGUCCCUUCCAACGCCACGAAGAACGUGCCAGUCGUCAGAAUCCUUCUCUAACUGGUCAAAGCUCGUCGACCAGCAACGAUUCGAGUUCAUCCUCAGACGAGGGUAAUUCCAGUUCCGAUGAAGAAUCCUAUGCUGGUGGUGAAAAUAUCUCAAAUCAAAUCGAAGAUGAAGAGCAGGGUCCAUUGACUCUGGAAUCAUUGCUCCCAUCAAUGGAAAUUGUGUAUGGAUGUACAAUUUCGAAUCCCAAUAAAUCGAGCACGGCCCUGUAUAAGAAAUACGUUCAAAUUGGAAAACUAUCAUCACCACAACUCUAUCCGUCGGUAUCGAGUCGCGAACAAGAUGCUGGAAAGAUGAUGCGAUGCAUUGAUUUGCAACCUUUGAGUGAUUACGGAACAGAUUCGUAUGAGAGUGUCAAGCCGCCGACAGUCGAUGAGAAGAGUAUGAAAAUUUACGAAGAGUAUUGUAGGAUACCGAGAAAAUUUAACCCAGUUCCCAAGUUUGAGGAUUGUGCUGCACUUUAUACUUACAUUAAGAUGAUGUAGGUGUGUUUUUCAAUAGGUAUAAAAUAUAGGAUUUAAGUUGAUCAAUGUAUUUAUUCACAGGAGUAUAUUAUUCUGUAUAAAUAGAUUUAAUCCAAAACAAAUAAAAAUAAUAAAACACAAUUUUUCUG